AUGGCCCCCUCCACCAACUCCGAAGCUCUCACCAGGGCCCGCGCCGUCCUCCACGCAUUCCAACGCCUCCCAAACUACGUAGGCUGGGGUCUCGACAUCGCCAAACUCCUCUCCGUUUCCUCAGCCACAGUAUCCCCCGGCCCUCCUACCAUGACUUUCACCCUCCCCAUCACACACUCUCUCUGCCAAUCGCUAGGGCAGCUCCAUGGCGGCGCUACGGCUACGAUCUUCGACAUUUGCAUGUCCAUCGCCCUGUGCUUGAUUCAGGGACCCGGGUUCUGGGAGAAUAAUUGGGGGGUUAGUAGGACGCUCAACGUGACGUAUCUUGGGGCUGUGAAGCAAGGGUGCACGGUGCAGGUGGAGUGUGAGAUUGUGGGGUAUGGGAGACGGAUGGCGCAUUUGAGGGCUGUGAUGAGAGCCGUUGAGGAGGAGAAGGAAGGGCAAGGGAAAGCAGAGGGGCAUGAGGGUGGGGGAAAGUUGGGAAAGAUUCUGGCAGCGUGUGAGCAUGGGAAGGUGGCGAUGGAUCCGAAGAGCGUGGAGGUCUCGGACAAGGUGUAUAGGGAGAAGACGAAAGGCAUGAAGAGUAAGCUGUGA